UCUGUUGUCAGUCCAACAAGUUUGUCCCAGGGUAGCUUCAUGUCGGUUACACUUUGACAUACAUUUUCAAAAACGGAUUUUCCUGUUGUUGUCCCGGGCAUCGAUUUAAUGUCCAAUAUUUCCUCUGUAACGCACAACCUGGAGUCCACUCCACGAAUGAAGAUGGCCAGCUGUGCAGUGUCCAUCACGUCUGUACUUUCAUCCACAGCAAGAGAGUAUGCAAGAAAGUCUUUGCUUCUUUCAAUCAGCUGUGUUGUUAAAUCCAUGGCCAGCUCACAAAUGCGCUCAGUAACUCAGGUUUUCAUUGGCCAACAUCUGCUUUUUGUCUGGACACAAGACAUCAAACACCUUCAUCAUACAGCUCUUCAGAAACUCUCGGUAAAUGGGCGAGCUGAUUUGGCUAUCUCCUCCGCCACAAUAAAACGUGCUUUUACUGCAGUUUCACUUUGGGAUUUCGCUCAGGUGAAAAACGUCUGAUGAGAUGUCAGAUUCUUCAUUCUUCAGCGUUCAGUUUUUUUUUCAACUUAUCCUCAUGUUUUGUCCUAUAGUGCCGUCGUAGAUUCAAUUCCUUAAGUACAGAAACAUUAGCUCCACAAAUAAAACACACGGAUUUACCAGUAAUGUCAAUAAACAUAUACUCAGCCUCCCAUCGGGUUUGGAAGAUUCUGUCAACUUUUCUCUUCGCCAUUGUUGGGGCUAACCGCCAUUGUUGGGGCUAACCGCUAGCUUCAAAUUGGUGCUGCGGAAAAGACGCUCGACUUGAUUGGUCAGGGACUGUUUUCGGUUAGCGCCGCUGGGAUUAUGAGAGUAGUUUAUGUUAUCAGCUCUUCAUAUUGCCGGGCCAUUAAUAAUUACAAUAUUAAAAAAUCUCGCGGGCCGGAUAUAAUUGUAUGCCGGGCCGGAUGUUGCCCGCGGGCCGGGAGUUUGACAUAUAUGAUCUAGACAGUGAAUGGGUGAGUAGAAUCCUCCAACCAGUGCCUCUGCUCCUGCAGAGCCAAAACAAUGGCGAGUCACACACGUUUGCCAAUGUUGUAGUUACUUUCUCCUGGACUCAGGCGACGACAGGAGAAAACGCAGGGGUGCAGCUUCUGGUUGACAGCAAAUUAGAGGUGCUCAUUACAGUUGUGCCAAGGUUCAUGCUUCCCGACUUAACUCCUCCCUGUGCCAGCUAGCUGUAGUAAUGAAUAUCAUCCAUAAACUGAGGUCCUACAAGGGGCAACACUAAAUGAACAAAAACAGUCAGACACCAGUAUGGGACCACGGGAUCCGCUGAUUUGGUGCAGUUCUCUAGGGCAGGAGUCCCCGUUUUUUGCACCACGAUCCAGUUUCACAUAAAGACAUAUUUUCACAGACCGUUGUAGCAGCAAGACGCCCACGCCCUGCGGAGAAAGCUGGAACGCCGCCUCUUCACCGGCCCGAUGAUGACUCAAAAAACGUUGCUGUCCGCGAGUGUCACCAUUUUGUGGGAAACUUUCUUGCGCGCCACAGGCUUGGAGCUGAGCUCAACUAAACUUGGAAAGGAAUGAAUGAGAUCAUGAAGUGGUCCCAGUAUGUUCACUCAAAAGACGAGGUUGUUCGUUUGAGUUGUUGAUUACCGCUGCCCCCCCCCCCCCCCCCCAAAAAAAAGGAAAUGUUUGGUGGUAUGCAAGAGCCCACGGAUACUGAUACAAUCAAAUUGGGUGCGCAUUUAAUAUUUUCAAUGUGCAUUCACAACUGCGCACAACUGAUGUCCACCCGUUUAUCCACAAUGUGUUCAUUUAUUUAAUAAAAACAUGUUACACAGCGCGGCACGGUGGACGACUGGUUAGAGCGUCAGCCUCACAGUUCUGAGGACCCGGGUGAGUGCGAAUGGUUGUUUGUUUCUAUGUGCCCUGCAAUUGGCUGGCAACCAGUUCAGGGUGUACCCCGCCUCCUGCCCGAUGACAGCUGGGAUAGGCUCCAGCACGCCCGCGACCCGAGUGAGGAGAAGCGGCUCAGAAAAUGGAUGGAUGGAUGUUGGGUUGUUUUCUCAUACUGUUCUUGUCCUUCUAGAUAUUCUGGCAGACCAGAGCAGUCCUCUGCUACAAGACCCUGACAUGUUACCAUUCACCAGCUACCCGGGCAUGCAGUACUCUAGCAUGGAGCCAACUGUGCCCACACCGUAUUACUGCAGUCAGAACUACUAUCCCCAGUACAGUGGAGAGGAAUGGUACUCCCACACUGAGCUGUAUGAACUAAGGAAGACAACACUCGAGGUCAGCUAUGACAGUGAAAGGGAGGAAGUCUCUGCAGUCAUGCCUGCUGUGUGCAAGAGGGCCCGGCACAUGUCACAGACUGGACGCAUCAAAGGGGAGGAGCUAUGUGUUGUGUGUGGAGACAAGGCGUCUGGCUACCACUAUAAUGCUCUCACUUGUGAGGGCUGUAAAGGUUUCUUCAGACGGAGCAUAACAAAGAAUGCUGUGUACAAGUGCAAAAGCGGAGGAAACUGUGAGAUGGACAUGUAUAUGCGCAGGAAAUGCCAGGAAUGUCGACUCAGGAAGUGCAAGGAGAUGGGCAUGUUGGCAGAGUGCCUGCUUACAGAGAUCCAGUGCAAAUCUAAACGGCUGCGGAAAAACACCAAGGCCUCCCCGGGACAGUCGACUGGAGAUGAGACAGAGGUGGCAGACAGCAAACAAGUCACAUCAACCACAAAACUGUCAAAGGAAAAAAUUACUGAAGAGCAGCAGGCGCUCAUGAAGGCUAUUGUAAAUGCGUACAACAAACAUCAAAUUCCUCAAGAAGUGACCAUAAAACUGCUACAAGAGGAGUACAGUGCUGAGGAAAACUUCCUCCUUUUGACAGAAAUGGCAACAAGUCAAGUCCAAGUUCUGGUGGAGUUUACAAAAAAUAUCCCAGGCUUUGUGACCCUGGAUCAUGAGGAUCAGAUUGCGCUGCUUAAAGGCUCAGCAGUAGAAGCCAUGUUUCUGCGCUCGGCUCAGGUUUUUAGCCGAAAGAUGCCCGUUGGACACACCGAAGUCUUGGAGGAGAGGAUACGUAAGAGUGGCAUUUCAAAAGAGUUCAUCACACCAAUGUUUAACUUUUACAAAAGCAUUGGUGAACUCCACAUGUUGCAGGAGGAGCAGGCCCUCCUGACCGCCAUAACCAUCCUGACACCAGAUCGCCCUUACGUAAAGGAUCAACAUGCUGUAGAGAACCUCCAGGAACCCAUGCUGGACGUGCUAAGGAAGCUGUGCAUUUUGCAGCAUCCGCAGGAGCCUCAGUACUUUGCACGUUUGCUGGGCCGGCUGACCGAGCUGAGAACACUCAACCACUAUCAUGCGGAAAUGCUUACGUCGUGGAGGAUGAACGAUCACAAAUUCACACCGCUACUCUGUGAGAUCUGGGAUGUGCAGUGAAAGACUUCGUGGGAUGUAACAUGGACAUUUUCAACUUGAAAGAUAGUCAAGGUCCACAGUGUGUAAAUGGUGUUUAUCAACUGGUAUAUGUUCAAAUAAACUCUUGUACAAUUA